AUCUGGGCGCAGUGGGCCUUCGACAUGUUCAUGCACGUGCCGAACCAGAAGUCGAAGCGGCUGUCGUCUUGGAUUACCAUGUCCGCUGGCGACCGCAUUCAUGCCACGGACGCCAUCUUCCGCCAAUCCAUCAUUCCCGUCAAGGUCGCUCAUCUCCGGCACGCACAACCUGAUUUCUGGGAGAUGUCCUUCAAGCGGCUGUUCCCCCCUAAGGAAGAGCCUCGUGGAGAGCUCGGUCAAUCACUUUCCACUUGCCGCUACUUCGUGCUCUGGGAGCGACUCAUGCGCUCCCUGUCGACUCGUCACGCCAAGAAGGUCCGGAACACGCUCUACCAGGUCUUCAAGCGCUUGCACUGGAUUCCUCAUACAGGCUCGGAUCGCAUCUGGUCUUCGAGG